GUCUAGUAGCCCCAUGUCUAUAUUCAAUGACGAAAGUUAGAGUCUAUCCGUAUUCGGAUAAUGAUGAUUUGAUGCCGUUUAUUGGAGUGAAAGCGGAUCUCGCGCCGCCACCAAACUACGACACCUCGCCGACGUAACCUCAUACACGACCACGCGUUUACGUUUUUACACCCCACCCCUUGCUCGCUCACCACCUGCUCUCCCACAGUACAACGGCAAUAUUCCCGCUACGCACUCGACCGGUCAGGCCAUGGAAAGCAACCUGCCGUUCGGGUACACUCAGAGACACAAGCGCUCACACAGCCAGAUGGAAGUCGGCGGGCGGUCUGCGAGCCCAGCAUGGGGUCUUGGGAGAUAUUCCUCUGCGUAUCGUGAUUUGGGACAACCGGCCUAUCGCGAGACUCCCCCACAGUCGUCUCGUCCACGAUACUACGAACACACGCCACAAAGAGAUUUCCCGCAAAACCCACCGCACCGUACGAACGAUGAACCGCAGCAUCCUAGCACGACACCGUCACCACCGCCUUCACGCGCCUUCUUCGCUCACUCGCCCUCCCACACCAUCGUCAACUCACCACCACGUGAGCUCGCCUCCAGACGAACCGCCUCCGUCGAACCAGCCGCUCCAUCUUACUUUCGUCGAUCGCCGUCCAGUCCAGUGCCUCUCGACAACCCCCAACCGAAUAGACCUGGGCUGCACCUUCCGCAGGUCGAACACAUGGCCCCACAAGCGCCGAGACGGUAUGCAGGUGAUGGAUUGGAUUUCAGGCGGCCUGCAGGUGUGGACAGAGGGGACAACGACAAUCACAUCGAUCUGAGCAGGGACGAGGACGACAUCGUCAUCGACCUCACGGCUGAUGAUUCGGCAUACGGUCUUCACAAUGCACCUCAAAAUGAUGGGGUUGUCCCGCAGCAGUCAAAUCGCAGAAGGCUACCGCGAGGCAUGGAUAUAAUCAUCGACCUGGACAACGGCGAAGAAGAGUGGCGGAUGGCUGCACCACCAACUCCAGAGGCGAGGUCACCUGAGAUUCAAUUUAUGGGCUCGCGUCGCAUCGACCCGCCGCCCGCCCGCCGCGAGUCUGUCGAGUUUUUGCGUGAACAGCCGCUUCCGGAGGCCGAUAUACGCCAACGAAGAUACGCAGAGUUGGACCGAGCUCUAGCGGCCAUGGGCAAUAUGGGCGACCGCUUCGUCCAUCUCCGUGCUCAAGUCGAGCGGACAAUGGCCAACGUCAACCAUACAAGAAACCGAUUUCAACGCGGUCCUGUGCCCCCACCUGCGCGUCCUGGUGGACAUAUCCAUAUUGGCGCUUUUGCGAUGCCAGCUAUGGACUUUGAGUUGGUGGGCUUUGACAUGGGUUUGGGUGGCAAUCGCGUACCCGAACCCCCGCCACCGACAUAUGAAGCACCUCCAGAGGCACCGACGGGAUAUACAAGAAGUCCACAAGAGGAGGAUGUACUGGUGUGUCCCAACUGUGAAGACCAGUUGUGUGAGGGCGAAGACGAGGUCAAGAGGCAGGUAUGGCUUGUUAAGACUUGUGGUCAUGUCUACUGUGGCGAAUGCACGACAAACCGAGCAAUCAAGCGCAGCGCAAAGGGCAAGGAGAAACAGACGGUUCCCAAAACAAAACCGUUCAAAGAAUGCGUGGUCGAUGACUGUGGGAAGAAGGUCUCGGGCUCAAAGGCUAUGAUCCAGGUCUUCAUGUAGUUCUCCUUGCCGUCUCCCCAUCACCUCUCGAAUUUCCUAUGUUCGGUCUGCUGCGUUGCCUGGCAUGCUUCAACGAUACCCCCAUGUCUUCCUCGACUCAUGCAUCAUGAGAACCUUUCGGUCGUUUUUCUUUGAGAGCGCAUUUCCUCUGGCUUGAGGCUGCUGUUGGAUUUCCAUAGCUCGGCGUUUUGAUUAGCAUCAUUUAGGAUGUGUCACUUUUCGGGGCUUCAGGGGAAUAGCGCAAAGGAUAAUUGUGUAUUGCACCUAUAUGUAUAUUUGAUGAAAUAUAAUAGUAUGAUCUCCUAC